UUAAACGAAUCGAUUCCUCUAGCAGCUUGAAAACAAGCAGCGGCUCGGCAGGAAACACACAGGACAGGAAACUUUUAGUCUUUAACCGAAAUCAGAGACGUGGAGCACACCGAACUCGGUCGGGAUUAACCAAGUAAAUGCAGAAAAUAAAGAAAUAGAGUGAUAUCAGCAAUGCUAAACCCUGCUGCGAACGGGGAGUCUGUGCAUGUGCUCUCCAACUACGUGGAGGAAUAUCUGGAGCUGGUGGAGUCUUUACCUCUGGACCUACAGAGAUGUGUUUCUCUAAUGAGGGAAAUAGACGCAAAAUACCAAGAGAUCCUGAAGGAUCUGAAUGACGUUUAUGAGAAGCACAAGCAUGAAUCGGAUCCCGUCCAGAGACGACGUCUCCUGCAGCAUGUCCAGCGCUCUCUGAUCCGUACCCAAGAGCUGGGAGAUGAAAAGCUCCAGAUCGCUGGACAGAUGGUGGAGCUUGUGGAGAACCGCACUCGUCAGUUCGAGUGGCAAGCUGAGCUUUUCCAGGCUUGUCAGAGUUCUCCGGAGAGCACCGUGUCCGUCGGGAGCAGCGCUUCCCCCGCCGUGACGACGGUAAACGUGACUCCGCUGUCCACGCCGCUCAUGUCUCUGGGCAAAACGGUGACGGACAGAAAGCGCGAGGAGACGCCAGUGUCGGGUGAUAAGGUGAGCGGGAAGCGCUCACGAAGGCAAAAGAGUGGCUCGGAAAACCGGGACAACUCCAAUUACAGUUUGGAGCACAGCGACGACCCGGUGAGCGUCGUCACCCCGAAAGAGAAGAAGGCCAGGACGUCGUCCACGUCAUCGUCGAAAAAGAAAAAGAGGUCCAAAGCAAAGCAGGAGAGAGAAGCGUCUCCGACUGACCUUCCCAUUGACCCGAACGAGCCCACAUACUGCCUGUGCGAGCAGGUCUCCUACGGAGAGAUGAUCUGCUGCGAUAACGACAAGUGCCCCAUCGAGUGGUUCCACUUCUCCUGCGUCGACCUGCACCACAAGCCCAAGGGUAAGUGGUACUGUCCGAAGUGCAGAGGAGACAACGAGAAGACUAUGGACAAAACCCUGGCUAAAAAAGAGCGAGCCUAUAGUAGGUAGUCUCUCUCUCUCUCUCUCUCUCUCUCUCAGUGCCUUUUCACCAAGAGUUUAUAAAGAUGAAGUCCAAUUCAUUUUACACUUUGGAGAAGAAGAAGCAUUAAAGUAAAACACCAGCUUUUAUUAUUAUUAUUAUUAUUAUUAUUAUUUUUCAUGCAUCUGUAUUAUUUGUGAUUAAUACGGACAAAAAUUUUCAAAAAUUCCUUUAAAUGGUGGGGAAAAAACCCCAAAAUUGUCCGAAACACGACCAGAGCAGGUUUCUCAUUUUAAAGUUUAUGUAAACGAAGUGAGACCGAUUUCAGCAACAAUACUGAUUUACUCACCUCUAUGCAAAUUAGGCAUGACGCUCUAACGAAGCGAUAAAUCCAACCAAUUAGCUCAAACGAUUUUUUGGACCAAUUCUGUCGCACGUCUGGUGCGAUGUUUCUGCAGUUAGCUCACGUUUACUGUUUGACGUACAACAAUCGGAAAGAAAAACUGACAACUCUGGGUUCACAUCGUCGUAUACAAACUCGUUAAACGUUAGGAAUAAAAACAUUUGUAAGGAUGUAGCGGAGGUUGUGGGUAGCUUGUACAGCUAGGUUGCUUUGCUAAUCUGUUCCGAGAAGGAAGUUAACAUGAAGCCGAGAUCUAAACCAUUUUACACCAAAUGGCGCCUUUGCGUUUAGCUAGUUCGCUUCGAAGCCGUUCCGUGUAGUUGUUUUGUGUUUCAUCUGAACUGGGCAGGCUACGCCCCCAAGUAACAUUUCUCUUGCUAGUGUAAGCGUAGUGUGAACUUUAAACCAACUGCUACAGAUUUGUUUUGUUGAAUGUUUCCAUACGGUGUUAUUUUAAUCACUGGAUUGUGUUCGCUAGAAACAUCGUAUAAGUUGGUACAAAAAAAAAAAAGCGUAAUUAGUUGUUGGAUGUUCCAGAUGUUUUCUCGGUCGUUUUUAAUCCUAACUCUGUUAUUGUUGAAGCGUGACGAGUUUGUGUUACAGGUGUUUAACAGCUGCACUCGAACUUCCUUCUUCACUAUAGAGAAACUAUAGUAGAAAUUCUUCUUCCACACACACACAGGAGAGUGGAGUUGUUCUUUAAGGUUUCUACAUUUGAAUCCAGUUGUAUUCAGUUAUGCAUGACUCAGAUCUCUGAACAUACACAAUGUUACUGUUUAUUAAUUUUGUAUUGUAUUUUACUUCAUAUACACUGCCACACUUCCAAUAAAAUCUGACCUGUAUGCAUCA